ACAGCCGGCAACACAGGUUUCAAUCGCAAGCGGACCGCCAGUUUGAUCAGUUUGCUUCGAACUACCGCUGCAGCCGGACACGGACCGCGGUCGCUCUCCGCUCGCUGGAGUGAAACACAAUCGCCCCCCAACAUUUAUUUUCCCAAUUUUUUGGCGCGCGCUCGCCUACCGUUCUCGCAAAUCGGCAGCCGGUAACUAAAAACCCGGCAAAACGGUUCAACACAGUACCCUGCAGAGGCGCAGGGUUGGGAUAGAAACAUACAGGAGCGCCCUUCAUUCUCUUCAGCCCAGUUAUAUUAGAGUGCCCCCGGCAGCUCGGCAACAGUUGUCGGAUCUCCAGGGAUUGUGCGUAUACACAUCCAACGCUUCCCGAUCGCGCGUGUGUAGCUAUUGUGACUAUUAGUGAAGGAAAUAGCUCGUCCAAACGUCGAGGACAGCAUUUCUUUUCCAACAGCGAACUAAAAACAGCUCAUCAAACGUGUCAACCGUGGCCCGGGGCCCCAACAACGCCCAACAAACAGUGCCGCAAGUGUGUCGCACGCAAUUAGAACGGUUCUCUAGUUGCAAGUGAAGUGUGUCUGUGGAUUUGAAAAAAAAUAAUACAAGAAGGGUGGAACAUCUCCCCCCCCACAAAACUCAGUGAGGAAAAACCGCCCACCGCACCCGGCGUGUGUGUGUGAACUUUUUUUUUUGCUUUGCUGAUUUAGCUAAAACCAUAUUGUUGUGAUCGAGUGGGCAGCAGAGCUUUCGAACAGAGAAAAACGAAUUUUCCCGGAACGCCAGCACCAUCCAACCUCCCCCCCCCCAAAGAGGUGAGGUGUAUUGGAACAAGUGUGUGUGUGUGUGAGUGUGUGUGUUUGUGCGCGCGUAUGAAUCAACCGAAUGGCGCAGCAGCAGCAGCCGCCAUCAACAGCUCCCCAAAAGUGAAUAAAAUCCCGUGACCACCGUGUAUUAUCUCACCGCUCGGGGAGUUGUACCCCGUCUGCCACUUCGGCCUUGCCCUCUUCCCCCAUGUCGUAUGGGAAGAUGUCGCACACUAUAGCACGGACAGCCAGAGCCAAGGAAAGUGAAACCGCCGCCGCCAGAACCCUGUAAGUGUGUGUGUGCGCCGCCCUUUUGCGACAAGCAGCAGCGGCCAGGGACAGCUGCCGCCGCCUGCUCGAGAAGAAGCUCGGCUUUGCUCCACCACCUCCCGAUACCGAUACCAACCACCCACCCCCUUCGCAGUGUUUCGCGUGGGUGGACACACGCAGUAAGCAGUGAGCCAGCUAGGCAGUGUAGGUGUACCCGGGUGUGUGUUUGUGCGUGUGCGCGCGUGUGUGUGUGCAAUUGUGGUGCUUAUCGCCCUGGAAUACUAUUUGUGCGUGUGAGUGUUUAACCAAGUGCACACGCGCUGCUCCUACACCUUUGCGCCUCGGUACGUGCGUGUGUUUGUGUGCUCCAGUUGUGCCAGACCCCCCUUACCGCCCUUCUGCGCUCUACUAUCAAACUCGAAAACCCGCCCAACAAUCAAACAUUCGGGGUGUCCACCGCAGAAGGCAAAUCCGGCGCAAAUCUCUGCCCCCCUGCCUAAUCAAACGAAGUUUAGUCGGCGCUGUUGCGAGUGUGCGUGUUGAAUUUGAGUGAACAAAAAAAAGGAAGAAAUUGUUCCCACGACAGCUGUGUGUAUCUAAUACAUAUUACACACAACGAAAUUAGGCGUUCGGUGCUGCGCGUACAAAACUGCCCUUUUUUUGUUGAGAUAAGCGAGCACAAUAUCACAAAACACCCUGUGUGUGCUGCUCUAUCAUCUUACCUGUCGUCGAUCACCGCGCCGCUACUAUCAACCGCUUUGUUAUUGUGUGUCUGUGUGGGUGUGCGUAAAGCUGGAAUAGUAAAAUCCACCCAGCACCUAACGCACGAGCGAAAGUGAGAGAGAGUGUGAGUGAGAGAGAAAGAAAAGGAGAUCAAACGCAGCUCAAGUAACUGUAAAUCGAUUAAAUUCCUGUACGCGAGCGCUUCCCCCGUGUGUGUGUGUGUGUGUGCGUCCUUCGGUAGUAAGUGCGUCCUUUCGCUCCGGUGCGAGACUUUUUUUUUCUUCACUCGCGCGUGUGUGCGUGCGUGGUGCACCUGGAUAAGAGGCUUACGGAAGCGACGUUAGUGCGCGCGUACUUUUAGCUGUUUGUGAUUUCAAAUCAGAAAAGACCGCAUCGCGCCAUGGGUUCGGCCCAGCACCACUGGGAUCUGAUCAAGAUGGAGCCGAUGGAUGACGCCGACACGAACGAGCUCGGUAUGCUCGAUCCGACCAAAAUCGGGCUGGACCAGCUGAUCGACUUCGGCAUGACGGCCGGCAGCGGCGGCAUGACCGGUGGGGCGGCCGGCGGCCUCCUGCUCGGCGGCGAUGGCUCGAUCGCGCUGACCUUCGGCAGCACCGCUAGCAGCAGCAGCAGCAGCACCGCCACCAGUAGCAGCAGCAGCAGCAGCAGCCUCAGCACCAGCAGUAGUCCCCUCUCCCCGAGCAUCUCCUUCUUCGAAACACAUCUCGGGCUGCCCGACCAGAAGACACAGAUCCGGCACGAUUGCAUGUGGGCCGGCAUGUGCGCCGACCAGUCGCAUCCGGAGAAGAGCAGCCACGCGGGCUGCGGUGGCUGUGCCCGCCAGAACCGGCACCAGCAGCAGCAGCAGCAGCAGCAGGCGGCAGUGUCGGUGGCCGCCAGUCUCUCGCGCGUACCUUCCAAGGACAUUCCCAAGUCCCAAGGCGAGUCGCCGGCAGCCGUGGAAGCGGCCAGCGAGAAGCUGAAGGUGCCGGGCGGCGUGGGUGGCGGCAGCAGUGUGCUCGCCAAUCGGCCUCUGGCCGUUGGGUUUAAGGCGACCGCGCCGGCGGCCACCAGUCUGCUAACGCCGUUCAAGGCGACCCAAAGCUCGGCCCAAAUCCCGGCCGGUAGCUCCCUCCUCAUCAAGCGUCAGCAGCAGCAGCAGCAACAGCAGCAACAGCACCAGCAGCUUCCCUCCCUCGUGCACGGUCUCAACUAUCGCCCGUUCCCGCCGUCCCCGUCGUCGUCGGACAGCUCGGCCGGUGCGGUCGAGGGUGGCGCUAGCGACGAGCAGCAGCAGAGCGUGCGGAUGGUGGUGCGGGUGCCGCAUCAGCCGCGCGGCUCCUUCCUGGCGGCGCGCGAGCUGGAGGCGCGGAGCGUGGCGGCGCAAAACCACGCCCGGCCGGACACGCCGCUCAGCCUGGACGACGAUCCGCUCGAGUUCAAGCAUAACCUCGACCUGGUCGCCACCUGCACGAUCGGCUCGAACCAGCAGAGCCUGCUGCACACCUCCGCCUCCACCGCCCCGGGACUGGCGUCCGCCAGUGCGGGUAGCUUCGCCAGUAGCAGUAGUAGCGGCAGCAGCAGCAGCAGCAGCAGCAGCAGCAGUAGUAGCGGCAGCCCUACCUCCAGCAGCACCUCGGGCGAAUCUCGCACCGGAAGCGGCACGUCGUACAGCGGUCGGCUGAGCAGUCACUGUAGUUGCGGCGGCAGCGGCAGCAGCAGUAUAGGCGUGAUCGGCAACCACACGACCCAGUGCUACUACAACUACCUGCAGGACACGUCCAGCCUGGACGAGCUGCGAAGCAAGCAGCUGCGGGAGCAGCUGUACAUGCUGGACGACCCGUUCGGCAUGGGCGGCCCGCUCAGCAGCUACCCGUACCACCACCACCACCACCACCAUCACCAUCACCACGCGUCCCUGCUGCAUCUGCGGCCCGACUCGCCGGACAGCCAGCUCGAGCAGCUGCUGAUCGAUCUGCGCGAGAUCGAGGGCGAAAGCAACUCGAUGCUGCUGCUGCAGCACGGCUCACCGGCCGACACUGCUGCCAAGGAUGGUCUGCAGUCAGCGGGCCAGCGUCACCAGCAGCAACAGUACCAGCAGCAGCAGCAGCAGCAUGUAGGGGCGCGCUCGUCGGCACCGUGCGGCGGCGAGCUGAUGAGCGGCGGUGCGCAUGCCACCUGCAGCAAGGAGUGCAGCUGGAGCAGCCUGGAGCUGUCCCACCAUCUCGUCUCGCCCGGCGGCAGCGGGAUGGAGCGCAAGCGGCGGCACCCGUACGCCCACCGGCGGCGGAGCGGCGGUACGGCGCGCGGCUGGAUCAGCGAAAAUGACGAGGACGACGAGGAGGAGGACGCGCUGAAGCAGCUCGAGGCGGAGGAGGCCUCGUUCGAGAAGCAGCAGAGCGGCGGGGCCCGCUCCGCCUACCCCUGGGAAGACGAGGAGGAGGAGGACGAAGAGGAGGAGGACGAGGAGGAGGAGGAGGAGGAAGAGGACGAGGACGAGAGCGAUGAGGAUGGCGAGAAGGAGCAGGACGAGGGAGCCCAGGAAGACGAGGAAGAGGAAGAGGAAGAAGAGGAAGAGGAUGAGGAGGAGGAAGAGAGGGACGCCAACAAUGCCAGCCUGUACGGUGGGGCGGGCCGGAGUCGGAUGCGGGGCGCUCGCCACCGGUACCACAGCAGCAACCACAGCCGGCUUCACCACCGGCGAGCGGCGGCCCGUGCCACCUCCUACCGCCCGUACGACGUGGAGGCGCACAAGAACGGCAAGAAGCAGAAGAAGCAGGCGGGUGCUGCCGCCGCCGCCACCACCGCCAACCAUCAUCUGCUUGCAGGCGGCGGUGGUGUCAGCACCGUCGUCAUCGCUGGCAGUGGCGCGGCCUCCCUCAAGCCGGCCACGAAAUCGGCCAGUGCGAGCGGCGCCCUAAAUGGAGCGCCCUCUGGCGGCUCCCAGCAGCAGCAGCAGCAGCCGGGCAGCAACAACAGCUCGCCACCGUACCAGGCGACCCACUUCGGUGACCACAGCUACACCCGCCCGAAGGGUGGCUACAACAUGAACGAGCUCGGCGUACAGACGCCCUCCGAUUCCGAUGAAGAAAUCGACGUGGUAUCGAUCGGCGACAAGAACCUUCCGACCAACCCGACAGAGCGCGACUACCGCCAGCUGCAGUCGGAGGUGGCGAGCAAGAUACGCACCGCCUCGUCCCGCGGCGCCCCGAACGGUGCGCAUACGUACGGGGGAGGUUCCCAUCACCACCAACACCACCAUUCCUACCAGCGCCACCAGCACCAUCUGGGCGACGGGCCCGGUUCGGGCCUGCACCAUCUCGGCGGCAUCUAUCCCACGCCGGCCGGCUCCACCACGAUAUCCGGUGCCAACACGCCGCUGCCGACCGGUAGCGGGGGCGCUAGUGCGGCCUCCUCGCCGCCGCCCGCCUGCACCACCGGCAGCAGCUCGUCCGGCGCAUCGCGGAAACGGCCGGUCGGCGGCAGUUCCGGCAAACGUUCGUCCACCGCCAGCAAACGGAUGCGCAUGUCGCACUCGAAGCGCAGCGGCGGCGGCGACGGCAGCAGCAGCAGCGGCGGCGGCAGCCGGUACGAUUCGACCGCCGCCCAGGCGCUGGCCGAGGAGCUGGACACGGUCGAGAAGCGCAACCUGCACAACAACCUGGAACGGCAGCGCCGCAUCGGGCUGAAGAAUCUGUUCGAGGAGCUGAAGCGCCAGAUACCGCAGCUGCGCGACAAGGAGCGCGCGCCCAAGGUAAACAUUUUGCGUGAGGCGGCUGCCCUCUGCACCCGGCUGAACCAGGAGGCCGAGCAGGUGAAUGAGCUGCGCCAGCGGCAGAUGAAGCUGUACGAGCGCGUGCGCUACCUGCGCGCCUCCAUCCACAGCCAGCGGCUCGGUGUGGACUAGUGAGGAGCAAAGACACAGUAAGAGAGAGAGAGAGAGAGAGAGAGAGAGAAAGAGAGGGAGGGAAGAAGAAGGAAAGAGAGAGAGGGUGUGUCGACGACUCCAACAACACUCACAAUGCCGGGUAUGUUAGUGGCACACAUGACCUUGGGUUUAUUUUCUUUUAUUUUUCUUUUAUUUUUGCCUUUUGCUCGUUAUACAUCUACAUGGAGAGAAACCACAGGCGGAGGGAGAGAGAGAGCGACAAUUAGCAUAAACCAGUAGGGUAGGAAGAACAGAUUCGACUUUCGAUUCGGACGGGGUAGAGUAGGGAGAUAGGUGUAAGGUACAGAUGAUGAAAAAACUAAUAGUUCCUGAUUUUUUUUUGUUUUUUUUGGGUUUGUUUGUAAACAAGGUCUAGAAGCCUAACGUGUUAAAACAUAUUAGCUUUUUAGGUUUUUUUUUGCGUAUAUAGAAAAUAUCCUAUCGGAUGCACACACAUCCGCCAUUACAAUUAGCGUAGGUUACGGCAACAGUUACUGCUUAGUGAAUGAUGUUUGCGCUUAUUUUUGGACCAGUUUUGAUUGAUAAUUGUGCGGGGCGAUCCCAGUGGCAGUUGUGCAAGGCCGGAGGAUGCCUUUUUCCUUUGCCCGUUUGUGCUUGCGCGUCUUGCAAAUGCAAGGCGACGCCAGCGAGUUGGGGUCAUUCGGGCGGACGAGGCCAGAAGCAUGAUCGAAAGAAGUUUGCAAACUUUCCCUGCUCGCUAGCCGCAUUUUCUACUAAGUAGUACUCCUAUAAUCAUUACUGCAAACUGCUACACUAAUAGGUUUUAGCGUAGCCCCGCGAGCUCUUUGAGAAUCUGCCUGAAGGAGAGGGAAUGUGAACAUUUCACACACAUACAUACAAAAAAAAAAAAACGAAGAAUUGAGGAGAUUGGUAGGAGGAUGAUGGGAGAUGAUGUAUACAUCUGUGUUAUGGUAUGGUGGAUCUUGUGGACCCAUUUUCAAACCCUCAAGCCGGGCGGCGCCUGGGGUGAAAGGGCCCGGAUCGGUUUGGUUCUUCCUGCAAGUGGAUGGAUUUUGUGCUUCUUCAACAUAAGUUUUCUUUCUUUUUUUUUUGUUUUUUGCUGGCUCUUCUCUCGCAUCAUUUGAUUGCUGCUGGGCGGUAUUAUUGUGUAAGAGCGCUGCAAACACUAAACUACGCGAGUCUACGACAUAACGUUAUGUUUUUUUUGUUUUUUUUUUGAGCAGCGGAGAGAGAGAGCGUAAGACGACGGACGUGCCGUUCAUGUGCCGUUUCUCUCUCUCUCUCUCUGUGGCUCUCUUUGACUUUAUUUCAUCCUAUUGCCUAUUGAUUUACGAUGCACCCACACCCCCGCCGCGGGAAAAAAAAGGGGAAAGAGAGAUUGGGGGAAGAGUAAUUUUUCCCCCCCUUCUCCGCAUGUGUAAAUGGCGCUGCAAUUUGAGAGAACAUACAAACAGCAUUUAUUUGCAUGUUUUCGGUAAUGAUUGUACAUAAUUACAUAUAUACACGCAAGCAAGUGUUUGCAUUUUAGGUAUUAAACAAAAAACAAAAAACAAAAACAAAAACAGGCAAACAAAAAUGAGAUAAAUGGAGCACGGUGCGAGUGAUGCAUGAUCUUUGCAAUGAUUGUACAUAGCUUCUUACAGGAGGCACGCUAUUUCAUAGGUAUUGGCAUUUAAGGAUUGCAAAAGCAAAAGCACGAUUUUGCUACUUUUCGCUGCACGCAAACGGUCGUGUACCCUUUUAGGUACUUUCAAUUGGAGCGCCAGCGCAUUUGCUGGCAGCGUAUCAACAAAACCACACAUAAAACUACUUACGAGAAGUUCUGCACUAGGCAUUACUUACCAAAAAAAAAAAAAACAAAACAAAAAUGCAUUUGCUCUCCGGACGUGUAAACACAACCAACAUUAACUACUUACGGAACUAACUUUGCAACUACGACGUGCGCGUACCACGCAGCUGUACAAAUAUUACAAACUCGCUCUACCUACCCCAUUUAGCAAACCAUGCAUUAACUGUGCUAUCUUACGUAUAUAUAUAUAAAUAUUCAUAUAUGUGCAUACACAAAAAAAAAACAUGUACGAAGGAAGAAAGUCCUUUAACUUUAACAUUGAUUCAAAGUGUCGCAGAGAUGUGUUUAAGGGCGGCGCAAGGGGUGAUCGAAUAUUUGACACGAGCAGAGCAGAGGAGGAGAGUCCCCACUGACGCUAAACGAUGACGGGGAGCAGGAAACCGGGAUCCAUUUAUUAGAGACGCAAGCAGGAGACGUGUGUGUGUGUGUACAGAAAGGAAAGGAGACGUUUCGGUUAAGCUUUUUUUUUUGACGAAUAAUAUGUUGCAAUCUUGUUUUUUUUUAUUAUUAUACUUUCAUAAUUUUUAUGUGUUUUACAUAAUUUUUUUUUCACAACAAUUUUGUUGCUUAGAGUAUGAUUUACAACCUUAGGUAGGGGAUGCUAGGAAACAUUUUCUAUUACACUUUUUUUUUGGUCUUUAUUACACUUGUACAUAUUGGUUAGUGUUUUCUUUUACUUCUUCUUCUACUGCUGUGUAUAGUUGGGAAAGAAAAGGGGACCGAAGAAGCGGGCAGAAGAGAUAGGCGGAGCGGUGAGAUAAUAGAGGGAAAUGCUGGUGGGAGGGAUAUGAUGCUUAGGAGGUUGCGAACCCCUACACGCGUGUCCCUCCUGGUAGCGUCCUCUCUGUAACGUUGUGUUCAUUACUUGUUACGAUUUGUGGGGGGAGAGGGAGGGGGGGGGGAAGGGGAAUAAAUGGUAGUGCGUGAGAAGAAUCUGCAUGUGCAUGUGAAAUGACAAAAUGCGAUUAAACAAAACAUGCUGAUUAUUAUUAUUAGUUUCUUUUUUUUUUGGUAUAUUUUCUCGCGGGAAAGAAAGGUUUAUUUCGAGUUUAGUUUAGGUUAGGCAGAAGUAAAAAAAAAAAAACUACAUUUAAAUGGCGUAUCGGAUAGAGAUGAGAUAUGGAAGAGAGAGGAGAGGGAGGGGAGAGAAGGGGGAAGAGAAGAGUCCGCUAUUGCGGUGCCACGUUCCUUUGGUGUGCGCGUGUUUUUUUUUUUUUCGUGUGUGUAUCUGUGCUGUCCCUGCGAGGAUAAAUCAUGUGUAAGAAUGUUCCUGUUGUAUGUUAGUGUAAACCUUUUUUUUUACAUACUUUACAAUUAACAGUUGUUUUUUUUUAAAUGUAUAAAUACAUUCAAAAAUGAUUAGUUAGGUUUUUUUUAUUGAAUGAGUUGAUUUUACUGUGGCGUGAGGGAGGAGAAAAAGAGCAGAAGGAGGAUAUCAAGGUGAAAGACCGGGAAAAUGUGUGGGUGAAAGGGGGCGGGGGGAGUAGAAGUAGGAGCCAGGAGGAAAUGGGACGUAGGUAGAGGUAGCUGUCGCCAUAUAGGCAAGUAGGAUCUUUCCGCUUCUGUUUCUACUCUUCAAUUUUGCGCUCGCCAACCCCUUGUGUGUGUGUGUGCGCGCUAGUGUGUGUGUGUAUGGUGUGCGGGAAAGAAAACCCCCGCCUUCCGGGUGUACAAGAAAGCAUAAACCAGUGUGCGUUGACGAUUGGUGCUUGAAGGGGAUGCGGGGUACAUCUGCUGCUAGUUAGCUGUUAGCUCCCGCAAGAGCGCUUUAAAAGACAUUAAAAGAUACUCGGCCCUCCUCCCAGUUCAAUAGCGUAGGCAAAACAAAACAAAAAACAAUUCAAAAACAAACACACAGCCACAUACACACACAUGCACACACUACUUCAAUGCAGAUGAGUUUGUCCCAGCUGUUUUGUGCGCUACUGUUAGAUGUUUUUCAAAAGUGUACUUCUCUUAUUUUUUUAGGAGGUUUUUUUUAAAAUAUACUAUCAUUACUAUUGUUAGACUUAAAUGCAAAUGACUUAGAGUUGUAAGUAAUAUAUACACAAUUAAAAAAAAAACAGAAACUGAAGGCAGCGAUAUAUCAGGAGUUUUUCUUUUUUUUUUAAACUAAACUAAGCGUAAUUAAGCGUAGCUUUCUUUUCCUUAGAUUUCAAGCGAGACAGAGACAUUUCGAUAUUGAUCAGUGCGUGUUUUUUUUCUUCUCCGUUUUUGUUCUGUUCGUGUAGGUUACCUAAAAAUUACUAUCACAGCACCACUACUAAUAGUACUGGCAACAGCAAAUGUGUUUUUUUUUUUUUACAAAAUUGUUAACCUUUAUUUUUUAUGAUUUUUUUUUUUUGGUUUUGUAUAAAUAUUAUCUCAAAAACAUAAGCAAAUUUGGUGUUUUCUUCUCUGCAAUCUCGUUCGCUUUUGUUUCGUUUUGUUUUGUCGCUCCGGAAGUAAGGCAUCGUUUCCUCGCAAUUAUUCGUUGGUGUGUUGAGUUGCGCUGUGUGUACGUGUGCGUGUGUGUGCGCUGCAUUUGAAAAUAAAGUGGAGAAAAAGGAUGAAAGAAACUAGGACUCCCGUUUUGUUUUCUGCCACCUGCGGUUUUGGUUUCGAAUUAACCAAACGGGGUUUUUUUGUUUUUUUUUUUUCAAUUAUUAUUUGUUGUUGAUUUGAAACGUAUGAGCUCUUCUCUAGCGUAGGGUGAUUUCGUAGGAGGACAGUUGGGAUGACGUUGUGUGCCAUUCACUCUGGGAGUAGAGUUUUUAGUUUUUUUUUUGACUUCUUCUGCACAUCCUUGUAAGUAAUUUUGUUUUUUUGCUAUCUUAAACCUCGCAGCGAGCUAGGGUGCAAAACCACCAACACACACACACACACACACACACGCUUAACAUUAGUGGAUGAAUUAGUUUUUGCUAGUGCGGGGGCACACUUAGAAAGCGACCUUCCCCAAAAAAAGAGCGAAAUUAGGGGAAAAAGGCGGAUAGGGAACAGAAAUACUCCUGGCGAAAGAGGAAAGGAAAGAAAACAAACAAUCGUGUACCUAGUGGAAAAGGGUCCGGACGGGUUGGGGCUGGGGCAGAGGUGUGUGUGUGUGUGCGUCGCCAUCGUGCACUUGGCCGUACAACCCAUGCCAAACAGUAAUCUUUUUGUGUCUGCAGCGGACAAAACAAACCGAUUUAAAAGAAAAGAAACAAAACCCCAGUGCUUUACCUACUUAUAUAUAUAAUAUAUAUUAUAUACAUAUUAUUACUUGUAAACACUAUAUAACCCCUUCCGGCGAACACUUCUACAGUGAAGUAAAAUUCCCCUUUUGCAUGUUUAUGAAUUGCAUUGCGCGUACAUUCUAAAAAAAGAAGAAUUAAAAAAAAACAGACCCCACAUACACACACAGUUUAUCUUUGCAUCUAGAUAAUAAAGCCUAAUCAUAAUAAUAUAUCUAUAUACAUAUGCUGAAGUAUAUAUACAUAUAUAUACAAAUGCAAGAAAUAUAUCUAUUUAUGCAUACAUAGGAAUGCCGGAUUAGGAAUGGCGCAUCAAUUUGCGAUACGUCUUUCCGCAUCGAUAAAGGAUUGCAACAACAACAACAACUACAAAUAACAAAGUCGAGUGCAUUUUUUUUUGUAUUUCUUUUAAUAAUUACUUGGUUGGAUAAACACCUGGAUUACACCAAACACAACGAACAAACAGUUUGCUCAACAAAAUAAUAUUUUGUAAGGGAUUUUUUUGAAAACAAAAAAAACAUUUACUGAUUAUCGUAAUGAAACGCAAGCAUUGCUUUUACACCGUACAAAAUGAAAACUGCUCGCCUCGCCACUCCGUUUUACAACAACAACAACAACAAAAAUCUCCAGUUUCAGGCUUUAUUGUUUUGUAUUGUGUUUUUUCUCUCCUGUUUGUUUGUUUGUUUAUCAAAAUUUAUAGUCCCACGACGGGAUCGGUAGUUCCGUGCUCUCCGCGUUGCAGAGAAUCCUUUCCUUUACACUUGAAAGCAAUAUAUAUGUGUGUGUUUUUUGUUUGUUUGUCUGUUUGUGUACGACGAGAGAAAGGAUGAAUCCUAUAUUUUACCUAUACUGAUUAUUUUUUAACUGGUUAAUCGAAGCAACAACAACCCAAAAGGGAAAUAGAAUUACUGAAAAUGACAUUCAAAGAAAGAGAAACAAAUAGAAAGAGAGAGUAAAAGAGGAGCAGUAGCAAGCAAAGUAUGAAGCAAAGCAGAACAUUACAAGUACAAUAAUAAUCACUAAAAAAAACACACACACGACAAAACCAACUGGGAGAUUCAAUGUUCUCUCCUUGUUUAGACACACAGUUUAGAUUUCGGGUGUGUUCCGUUUUUGGGGGCACGCAAUCUUUUUUUUAUUCUCAAUAUAUUUCCAAUACGCUUUCAGAAAAAGCUCGCAAAGUUCCAAACCAUGAAUUGGAAGUGGAUGGCAGGGGAGGGAAUGGGGGGUUUGCGAUGAUGGGUGGAAGAAGAUAACUGUGACUUGAGAUUAGUACGUAAAACCGUGGUAUGUGUGGCUGGAGCAUUCACUAUCAUUACUAUUAAACUACCCCCCCCCCUCCCCUUCGCCUUUGUUAGCCACACUGAUCUAGUUCGCACUCUGUGGGUGUCAUAAAACGCCAAGUCAUCAUCUCGCUACCUGAUCUCCCGACGAGAUCAGCGCAACCGUUUUCUGUUUUAUUUUUGCCGUUUUUGUGUAAAGCUAGGAAUUUCUUAAAUGCUAAUUAAAUUAGCGCAUAAGCCAGGCAAUUGAUGCAGUUUAUAAAAAAAAAAAAACUAAACACCCAAAUGCAAUAGUGUA